AUGAACAAAUCUUCACCCUCACCCCAACCGAAACCAAAACACGAGCUUGAUAACCGGACUAACGCAAAUAAAAUGCGGAAUCACGGACUCCAAGCAACCGCCGAGAGUCCGAGACUUGUGUUGAGAGUGCGAGAAACGAGAACAAGAGUAAUUGAGUUUACUCCUGCCGGCAAGCUUCGUCGGAAUGCUCGGGCGGCGACGCUAGCUACUCGUGUGACUUCGUCUACCUCGAAAGGAAAGGAAAGUCGAAAAAGGCGGCUAAGGGAGACGGGGAGAGCCGAAUGCGGAGAGGGAGUUACCGAGUUAGGGUUAGAUGAUUAG